AUGGCCGGAGUACGUGGAGUCGUGGCGCACCUUUUGAAAAGAGAGCAGAGCGAAAUCUGGAGAUCUUCAACGAUGGUGGUGCAGCUUGGCAUUGAGACAGCAGUGGUUGCUGAGGGGAAGAUGCAAGCAACAAUGAAUCUUGAAGGGAGCUGUCGAGCACCAAGGAUAAGCGAUCUGCAUCCUGUGUGCCUGUCCCCUUCAUUAGCAGAAAUCGUCACAGUAGAAGCAGUAUCACUACGCUGUGAUGAUUGUCGGCUGCUCUGCAGGACUCCAGAGUCUCCAAUCAGAGUCGAAACGUGGCGUUCUCAGGACGCUCCUGGACGUUUCAAGUGCUGUGUGGAGGGAUUUGAAGGGACCCGGGCUGCAUUCUUGGAGUUGGCUUGUGGGGCGGUGCUGAGCGAGCCACGGGUAUUGCUGCUGGUGGACGAUGACUGCGUUGCAGAAGAGAUCAACGCCUUAGCCCUGGGAAAAGACGCUGAACUGUAUUUUGGAGGAAGGAUGGAUGAAUUCCUAUUGGACUUGGUCCUCGUGUUUCAAGGCACUGAUGGGAAUCACAGGCAUCGCAUUAGUGUUGAAGAGCUCGGGAGAAAGGCCAGGAGGCUUCUGGCCUUUGCAUGCGAUCAUGGUUGCAGCGCAUUAGCAGACAGGCUGUUUGCUGCUGCCACCUGGGGAUGUGCAUCGGUGGACGAGGCAAUUCAAGAUUCCAUCAGCACAAAGGGGCUUUCACUGUUGCACAGAGCGGUCCGCUCUGGGAGCACGACUGUGGCCAAGAAGCUGAUGGAAUGGGCCUGGAUGAACAGUGCCGAGUUCUGCAGCUGUGGAAAGGGACUGUACGGAAUCACGCCGCUGCAUUUGUCAGCGCUCCUGGAGGACGACGGCCACAUGGCCGUCACGCUGCUGUCUUGCUGCGGACCCAAAAUAUUCACCACAGUCGCGUCGGAUGAUGGCGUCACGCCGUUCCACCUGGCACUUCAAAUGGGGCAUUUCCGAGUGGAUAAGCUGAUCUGCUUCCUCCAGUAUCUCAGCAAGAAGCGGUGCUUGAACUCCACGUGGCAAGACACCUGCGAAACCUGCGACUCGGCGCUGCCCCCACUCCUCCUGUCCAUAAUGGCGUCUUGCGGAUUGUGUGGCGCCCAGAAGCUGCCUGCGCCUCACGGAACACAUGCGAUCGAGUUUCCGUCCGCCACCGGGGAGGACCCCAGCAGCGCAGUGACAACGAAGCGCGGGCGCAGCUCCGAAAAGGCGCUGUCUUACCUCCCAGCCACGGUUGCACACUUGGGGCAGUGUGACCACGAGGAAAACUUCGUGUAUUCUAUAACGGCCAUGUGCCAGACGUGCCACACAGACAGGGUGCUUGUGGUGUUCUGA